AUGUCUCCAUACGCGUCUCAUCAGAUCUACUCGAGAACAGCUUUUUCAUAGAUGUGGCGUGUUUUUAUUUUAACAUCAUUUCAAAAUAUUUGACAAGAACAGCCUGAUGUGUUUAAAUGCUCGAGCAAGCUGAAAUAAACCAUCAGUUUGUCCAGCAUAAAGGAAAUACAGUUAGCCCUCGUACACCAGACACAAAGUCAAACAAACACAUCCAGACUCUUUGCACCCAAACACAGAGAAAGCAGCUGUGGCAUUUUGUUUGAACAAGGCAGGAAACAUUACUAUGAGGAUAAUUUUCAAAGUGGCGAUGACUGUGAAGGAAACAUGCUGCAGAUCAGAUGCAGAUUACGGUGUAACUCAAACUUCAUGUGUGUGUGAACCAGCAGUGAGGUGGCUGAGAGAAAGUUUGCUGUGUUUCUGGCAGUUCACUCUCCAUGUCUGUUUUCUGUCUCCAGCACUGUGUGUUCGUUUCAUUACCAAGCGCUUCAUUGGUGAAUACGACCAUAAAAAGGAGGUGACAUACAGAUGCAGUCGGGUGGUGGACCAGGAAACUGUUGAUCUGGAAAUUUUGGAUAUAACUUGUAAGGAGAGCUGUGUGGCUUCUCUGGAGUCGUCUAUCCGCUGGGCUGAUGGUUUCCUGCUGCUGUACUCCAUCACACAACGUCUCACCUUCCAGGAGGUCCCACGCCUCAAGAAACUCAUUGAACAAACCAAACAGAGUCUGGUUGUUCCUACAGUGCUUGUAGCCAAUAAAGCAGACUUGGAAAUCGGCAGGGAGGUGACAACAGAGGAAGGACAGAGACUGGCCAAGGAUUUAAGGUGUGGUUUCAGGGAGCUGUCAGUGGCCGAAGCUGUUUUAGCUGUGGAGGCAGCAGUGUUUCAGCUCAUUAGGCUGGUGUUGGAUCAGCAGCGCCCUCUGCCUGACCGUCGCUCCUACAUGCUGACUGUUCGCCACGCUCUGACAAGGAAGCUGACCCGCUCUAAAACCAUGCAGUGGUGACCACAGCAAUCAGACAAUUAAUUCGUGCCAGCAAACCUGAGUGGAUGAUCUGUGAGCGACAGACGGACAGAGACAGAAGAGGAUGAUGACAACAACGACGAGAGGCGAUGACAUCACAAUCGGUCACCAAGGAGAUGAAAGGUCAAAACCCCAACUCAACCCUGAGAAUAGAAGAUGAGUCAUACCUGCAUCACUACACCAACAGCCAAUCAGAGAGCCCCCCUGUCACAACCUGCAUCAACAGAUGAACAACCAAUCAGAGAGCUAUUGCAUUCAUACCAACAAAACUCUUCUAAGUUUCAAGUUUAUGAAAUAACACAUUAAUCUCAAAUCCUGGUCUUAUGCAGAAUUAUCACUUCAUAUACAGAGGAUGAAGAAAUAAGAUUAACAUCUGUUUACUAUGUAACAAUAAUCCUGGACUGUGUGUUGUGUCCAAGAGGAGGUGGACAUUCAACUUUCCAUAAAAGCUGGCUGAUGUUUAGAUUUGCUGGUCAAUGCCAGUUUCUAAUUAAGUUCAUGCUACCUUGCAGGCAGCUGUUUGUUUCCAUUUAGUACACAACAGUUUGAAACUCAAGUUGAUUUCAUGCUUAAGUGACCAAAAUAUAAACUGAUGCUGGCCUUCAACACUAUUCAACAAUCUAAAACUCAUUAAAUACGUCAUUUAAAAAAAAAGGUUCAGCAGUAAUUUAAAGUGCAUGUGAUCUGUAGUAGAUCAUCGGAACAGAUAUGCUCUUUAAAACUGCAAUAAUCAGUACUUUGCUGUUGUUGUUUGAUUACUAUGUGUAAUAUGAAACCCACAGUGAAUUAUCACCACCUCUGUAGUCCCGUCAGCUCUUUAUGGCAUUUUAGUAUCUUUUACAUCAUUGAUCAGAACAACUUAACUGUUUUUGCUUACUCGCACUGCUCUCAUCAGCCCUGUUUCCAGCUGCAGCAUGCAGCUGCUUCCAGUGAAAAAGUUCUCAUAAACCAACUGUUCACUAUCUACCCUGCAACAAACUGUAGACAGACAAAUAAAACAACAUGCUGGUGGACAUA